AUGGCUUCAUAUAGCCCAAAACUUUCAGAUAAGAAAUACAAUAACUGGGUUAAAGCUCAGUUAGCAGCGUUGUUUACUAAAGAAGGACUUGAACCUUUUGUAUGUCAUGAAGUUCAAGAAUUCCAGUUGAAAUGUUUAGAUGAUAUUUGCUACAACAAUGGAUUGAUUAGUGGAACUUUGUGUUCAAAUUGCUGUACGGAAAAUGUUAUUAAAUGUCCAACAAAUAGAAUAUGUAAUGUUGGACGUGGAAAAUGCAGUUAUCAUCGAAAUGCUGCAACAAGGUAUAAUCCUGCCGGCUGCCCUAACAAGAUAUGUCAUAAUUUUACAACUGAGAUACAGAACGCGCAUAGGUACGCUGGUCCAUCGUACAAAAACACUGAUGCUACCCAGUGGUGCAGUAAUUUCUGGGAAGUGGCGAAAUGUUUCAUGCCUCCAGAUGGGUUUAAAGAUAAAGCAUCUGCAACAGAAACAGACUUCAAUGGUAUAAUCAGCGUUAUUCUCAAUUACAAAGACUUCCAGAUGAAAAUACAUGAAAACCUUAAUAAUAAGACGAAUAUGUUUGAGGAGGCAAGAGAAAUUGAAAGAAAUGUGCGACAUUCACCAACACUUGAAGUAGAGGAUUCAGAUCUUCAGAAAUACUACAUAUUACUAAUAUUACAGAAACUACUUUCUGAUCCAGUAUAUUUAGGUAGCGACACGCUAGCGCAGAAUGCUAAAAAGAAGCUGAUAGAGUUAGAAAAUGACACUCUAACCCUUGGUAAAAAUGAUUUAAAGCAAGUACUAGACGAUGUGGCAAAAGCAAUACAGGACAAGAUGAAGGCUGGAUUAGAUGAGCAAUACGACAGAAUUAAACUAGAUAUGAUAAAAAGAAAACAAGAAGAUCUUCAGUCUCUUCACUCACAAAUCGACGAAGAAUUGACACAAUUAAAGGAUAAAAGUGAUGCUUCCGUUAAAAGACUGAAUGAAGAACGGGACAAAGCAGCCACUGGACACAGCAGUUUGAUCCCUCUAGAAAUCCUUAGAAUGGAUAAGCAUUCGAUAGAAUUAUACAAACGAGCAUUAAGUGAGGGCAAAGAAGCUGUUUACAAUAUUCGAGUAAUGGUUGUCGGCCAUUACGGUGUUGGCAAGACAACGCUAACAAAGCGUCUGUUAGAUGAAGAUGUUGAUAUUAACAAGCGAGAGAGCACAAAUGGUAUUGAUGUUCACGUAAAAAGAUGUAAAGUGUCUCGGGAAACUGGACAAUGGGAAACAGUAGCCAAAGAUCAGAAAGUUGGCACAGUGUGUAACCGUCUGCUUCAUUUGUUAAAAAAACCACUUACCACGGAAAAGGAAGUUGUUGUAAUGGAAAAUGAGAGUACAGUAGGAGCUGUUAAUGAAGAGUUUGAAGUUGUAGAUGAAGAUACAGCAAUAGAGAGCAACAGUCAAGAUAUAACAGAAAAGAAUGAAGGUGCAGAAGUUGUGUGUACAGAACCAGAACCAAAGAAGUUGAAAGUAACUUUGACACCGCUGGAAGAAGAAAACGUCACUUAUGAGAAUUUCCAACCACUUCAAGACACCAAGGAAGAAAAUAUACUCUAUCACUUGAAGGCCUUGAUAGAAGAAGUUCAGCAUUCAGGGUCCACAGAUGAUUUAAACAUGGCGGAUGUCUCCAUUUGGGAUUUUGCGGGACAGUCUGUUUUCUAUGCCACUCAUCAGGUGUUUUUGUCAAGGAGAGCAGUGUAUUUGUUAGUCACAGACGUAUCUAAACGCAUGGAGGACGAAGUAAAAGAUGAUGAAUGUUUCCAGGACAGCAAAGGAGUUAAACAUUGGAAAAUAUCAGGUAUGCCAUAA